AUGACCACGGCGGACGUACGGUCGCUGUUCCAGGCGAAGUUAAACGAAAAUCCGGAUCACGGCUUCCAUCCUUAUGACUUAGAACGGAUAAAAGAUGAGAAAUAUAUGAAGAGAGUCAUGAAACACAAUGAUAAUGACCCGAAAUUAGCUAGUGAUAUGCUAUGGGAUAUAUUCACUUGGAGGAAAACGGUCGGCGCGAAUGAUAUUAACGAGAGCAACAUAAGCGCUGACUAUAUCUCGGAAGGAGCGUUUUUUCCCCACGGCAGAGACGUCGAUGGCUGUCUCCUACUGAUCAUAAAAUCCAAAAAACACGUCAAAGGCGUCAAAGACUUCGAGGAAAUAAAAAAAAUCAUAAUAUACUGGUUCGAUCGCAUUGAGCGAGAGGAAAACGGGAACAGAGUUACUUUGUUCUUUGAUUUAGACGGCUGUGGAUUAAAUAAUAUGGAUAUGGAGUUGACUAAUUACUUGAUCGGUCUCUUCAAGAGUUAUUAUCCGAGCUUUUUAAACUAUAUUAUUAUCUACCAAAUGCCUUGGGUUAUGUCAGCGGCUUUCAAGCUUAUUAAAUCAUUACUGCCAGCGAAAGGCGUUGAAAAGAUGAAAUUCGUUAAUAAAGAUACUUUAAAAGAGUUCGUGGCGCCAGAACAGGCUUUGGUAUGCUGGGGCGGCAAAGAUAAUUACGUUUUCGAAUUCGUACCAGAGAACAGAACUCAAGGGAACACGCCAAAGAAAGUUACGUUUGCUGAACAAGGAGAUAAUCAUUCACCGGGUGAAAUGCUUAGAAUUAACCCGAGCAAUCUAAUCGUAUUCAAACACGACAAUGAAGAAAUCACCGGCCAAUUCACCAUCACCAACAUGGAUGAAAGCGCUAUAUCCUUUAAAAUAAGGACAACAUCCCCUGAAAAGUUUCGUGUUCGACCCAGUUCUGGUACUCUAACACCUAAUACCAGUCAAACGAUACUAAUAGUCGUGCAAUCCGGCUUCCAAGUACGUAAUAUGGUGAAAGACAUGUUCCUCGUCAUGUCAGUACAGAUACCGAAGACUGAAUUAACAGCAAAAGAACUCACCGAGAUCUGGCAGAAUUCCUCCGGCAGUAAAGUAGAUGAGUAUCGUCUCAAAUGUCUAUUCCCGACCAAGGAAUUGCCCAAGAACGGCAACACAGUUGAUAUUAAGACCCAACAAAAGCCGGAUUCCGUUGUGAGUGCUCUAAAUAACUUGCAAAGCAAUUACGAAGUCCUGCAUCUUCAGAUAAACAAAUUAAAGAUGUACCAGAUGUUUACGCUGAUAUUAACGAUAGUGGUAGUCAUUCUAGGUGUUUUAAUUUAUCAAAGUUCGAACGGCAAUGACAGAUAUUGUGAGCGUAUAUAG